UGUAUUUUCGUUUUUUAAAUGAAUCUCUGUGUUUUUGUUAAUACUAAAGAACUGGGGAUGGACUUGGAAGCUUUCAGAGAUUAAAGGAUCCUGGUGGAUCCAGGAUCUCUGUUAACAGCCCAGGAAAAUUGCCACACUCCAUAUUUUAAAUUAAUCUCAUGAACACAUGCUUUAGGACAGCGCUUCCCUGGGCCUCGUCACAAUCAGAACCCCGUGAUCAGUGGCCAUUUUGGCUCUGAGUCAUUGUCAGAAGUUGUGGUGGGCUCCAUCUAGCACAGAGGGAUAGGUCAGAGAUGGCGGCAGUUGAGGCAGCAUUGCCAGAGCCUGCAGUAGCAGGCACUGAUGCUGCUUCAGGCCGGGCUAGCGGCCCAGCCCUACCCGGCGAUAGAGUUGGAGGCUACUGAAGGGAUUACAAAUGUAAAAGCAGCCCCCAAAAUAAUUGAUACAGGAGGGGGCUUCAUUUUGUAAGCAGAAUAAGAAGUACAUAAAAGUGGAAACAUUGUUCAUCAACCAGGACCAGUUAGGGAAUUUGAUUAUACAAUAUGUGCAGAAUGUGGAAAAGAAUGUAUGGAUUCCUAUCUUAUAAAUCACUUUGAUUUGGCAACUUGUGUUAACUACAGAGACCCUGAUGAGAAAGAUAAGCUUAGUACUAAAACAGAAGCAAAGCAAGAAUAUCUUCUAAAAGACUGUGAUCUAGAGGAAAGAGAACCAGCUCUUAAGUUUAUUGUGAAGAAGAAUCCUCAUAAUUCACAGUGGGGUGAUAUGAAAUGCUACUUAAAACUCACAAUUGUGAAGAAGUCUCUUGAAGUUUGGGGUAGUCAGAAAGCACUAGAAGAAGCAAAGGAAGUGAGACAAGAAAACAAAAGAUUGUUAUUUGGUUUUUUUAGAUGUUUGUAUUUAAAUAAAGUAGAUUGGCCCUGUUUAAAAUCUGAAAAAAAAAAAAGUUGUGAGAUUCCACAACUAUUGAAUAAGAAAGAUGACAAAAUUUGCAGCUACACACACACACACACAUUUUUUAUUGCAGUAUUGUGCAUCUGGAGUCCUGCACAGAUCAUAGGUCCUCUGCUCUUCUGGGGCUGUAAUGUAGGUGUCUGAGAGACCAUAGACACAUGAGGGGAUAAAUCUAGUGUCAAGUUCACUUGGUUGUUGGCAGUUUCAAUUCAACAUGGUCUGAGGGGUUGAGAACCAGACACCCUGGUGCUAUAUAGAGUUCUGCCCAGUUAUUAGGAAGCACUGAUACGUAAAGAUAUAGAAAUAUCUUUCUAAAGACAGCAAAAUCAGACCUGAGAGGAAAACUUCAGUAUCUACUGGAAUAGAUUUCUUUGCCUGCACUAGCUAUUUUUUUCUCAAUUCGUAUAUUAUU